GUCUCUGUGCUCCGUUCCUGGCCGGGCUGUUGUUUAGGUCGGUGUUUGUUGUUGCGGGUCGCGUUGUUACGCCGCCCGGGGAUGGCGGAGGCCGGGGUAUCGGCGGCUGAGGUGGUGACUGAAACGAGGAGAGCAGGCGAAGAAGAGACCAAGCUUCUGCCCCCCGGCUGGAGCGAGUCUCAGUUACGUUCAUAUCAGUUUCAGACCCGUCAGAUCCCACGAAUGCACCAUUCAGAUCCCAGGGCGGAAGAGCUCAUAGAUAAUGAGGAGCCGGUGGUUCUGACGGAUACAAAUCUUGUGCACCCAGCACUAAAAUGGGAUUUGGAUUAUCUGAAAGAAAACAUUGGGAACGGGGACUUUUCUGUGUACAGUGCCAACAGCCACAAAUUUCUCUAUUACGAUGAGAAGAAAAUGGCUAACUUUAAGACUUUCAAGCCCAAGUCUGUUAGGCAAGAGAUGAAGUUUCCGGAGUUUGUAGAGAAGCUCAGAGACAUAGAGCAAAGAGGUGCCGAUGAAAGGUUGUAUCUGCAGCAGACGCUCAAUGAUACCGUAGGCCGUAAAAUUGUGGUCGAUUUCUUGGGUUUUAACUGGAACUGGAUUAACAAACAGCAAACGAAGCAUGGCUGGGGCCAGCUCACCUCCAACCUUCUGCUGAUCGGCAUGGAAGGGAAUGUGACUCCGGCGCACUAUGACGAGCAGCAGAACUUCUUUGCCCAGAUUAAGGGCUACAAGCGCUGUAUCCUCUUUCCACCCAAGCAGUUUGAAUGCCUCUAUCCUUACCCUGUUCACCAUCCCUGUGACAGACAGAGCCAGGUGGACUUUGAGAACCCUGAUCUAGAGCGGUUUCCUAACUUCAGAAAUGUGCAUGGCUACGAGAUCGUUGUGGGGCCUGGCGAUGUUCUGUAUAUCCCAAUGUAUUGGUGGCACCAUAUAGAGUCACUCAUGGACGGAGGGACAACAAUUACAGUCAAUUUUUGGUACAAGGGUGCGCCGACUCCAAAAAGAAUAGAAUACCCACUGAAAGCACACCAGAAGGUGGCAAUAAUGAGAAACAUUGAAAAAAUGCUAGGAGAAGCCCUUGGAAACCCACAGGAGGUUGGUCCUUUGUUAAACAUGAUGAUAAAGGGCCGCUACGACUAAUGCUGGCAUACCGAGGAGUCACAAUGUGUCUACGUGACUGCUGCCGCUGUCUUGAGUCACUUCUGAAACGACUGACAAGAAAAACUGCAGAUUGAAAGCACUUACUUGGCCACCUUUUCUCCUGUACAUUGGUUUACACCACUCACUACUGUGUUUUUAUAAAUUUUCUCCAGUUUUUUUUAAUAUUUUGUCGGCAAAGAGGAAGAAAAUAAUCAACAAAACAAUGCAAUACGUAAGUUUGUUGUUUGCACUCUGUACAGGCAGUGAACAUUUGGGCCAUGGUCACCCACCCUGUCUGCCUGCAAAACCUGUUUACUUCAUCCAUUCACUGCAUCCAGUCCAGUAUCCAAAGACCUAAUAAGCUGAGCUUUCUUGGUCUCCUGUCCGGUUCUGGUUUUAUAGAACAUGGUCACGAACAUGGUCCUGGUUUUAGAGCGAAACUUGCGCCCUACAGACGUCAUGAAGAGGAAACUGUUUUGAAGAAGGCAAGAGGACUACUCAGGCAAAUGUUUUCCUUGCAACACAACUAGAUAACGGUCACCUUUAGCAAGCAGCGGCUACUCUACUGAUUUCUAGGACCUAUUACUUUGAGUCUAAUGUGGAAUCGGUGUUUCAGAAUUCAAAAUUAAUAAUUUUUUUUUUAUCAGCUUGUAAAUUAUAAAAACUGUUGCAGAAUGCUAAUGAAAUUCUACUUUUUACCUCUCA